UCUCCCUAUAUCAUCGCCAACCCUCAGCCCUUCAAAUAUCAAACGCCGCCCAUUCAUCUCCUCCAUCAACACAAAUCAAAUGUUCUCUUCAACUUCAGAUUCUCCAUUUUUGUUUCUCAUCAGAUUCUCAUUCUCCAAUUCUCCCAACUUUUAACACGCCUUGCUAAAUCCGUGCAAACCCCGAUCCACAUAGUUUCCAUUUUCAAAUUCUAAGGUCCAAUGGACUCCAUUGCUACACCCAAAUCCAAGAAGAAAAACAAAUUGUUUCCCUGUUUUCGUGCGGCAGCUUCCGGCAGUGGCCAUGUCAAAGUUCGAUCUAAGGACGAUUCAGAGGACGUUUUUCCGUUUAUAACGGUCGAUGAGAACGUGCGGCCGUUGUGUGAUUGCGAUGGAGAUUCCGGUCACCGUAAAAAGAAAGGCAGUGCCGGUGCUUUGUCACGGGCGUUUAAGGCUGUCUUAUUCGGAACUUCAUUGGCGAAGAAGAUCAGAAAAAGAAAAGCAAAAGAAAAGGAAAAUUCGAAGAACGAGAUCAAUCAAAGGCAUCAAGCUCUGUCUUCAAUUGGCAAUAGAUCAGGAACUGCUUCGGAUAAUCUAAAUUUAUAUCACAACUCUUCUACUCGCUCUUCACGUACUUCGGCGCCAUUUUCAUCCUCCUCCUUCUGCAGCUCGUCUCCUGCCUCAUCGGAAAUGAGCGAAAUAUCAUUCCGAUUUUAUCCAAAUGGAUCGAAUCGACUGUUGAGACAAAUAAAUUUGAGAAAAAUCUUGAGCGGUUGGUUUGUGCUACUGGUAUGCCUAUUAAACUUGAUAUUAUGGGGGAAAUUGGGAGCUAUUAUGUGCACUUCGGUUUGGAUCCUGUGUUUGUACCGACGGAGGAUGGGAUUGAAGAAAGGGAGUGCGGUGGCGAUGAGUUCGGGGGAAUAUUAUAAGAGAAGAAUCGGGAUGGAAGGAUUUUUGAAGAGAGAGCGUUCUUCAAGUGCUCAAAAUUCAAUCUUGCGCAUUGAUUGAUCCAACUGUGCCAAAAGGCGCCAAACAUAAUUUUCGGAAAAUAAAAUGGUUAUCACAAACUUCUAAAUUUGUACAUUCAUUACAUUAUUUUAUUUGUUGUUGUUAUUAUUUCUCCAUCACAAUGUAAAUGUACAUGUAAAUGUGUAUGAUUUAUGAUAUUUGAACCAUGAUUAUAGUUGAGAUGGUUCGGUUUAACUAUUUUGAUACAAUUUGUAGUAUCAUAAUGUGAAUAUAUUUUCUUUUAUGAUCAA